GGCCGGGGGCGGGAGGAAGAAGUGGCAGGAGGAGGAGGGGAAAGCGGGGGCUGCGGGAGGGGGAGGUGGUAGUUGCGGCGCUGGUUCCCGGGAGCAGCCGUCGAGCCACAACUGCGGAGGAGGAGUUCGGGAAAGCGGCCGUCGGGACUCCUCCCCUCUGUCGUCUCCGCCCCGGUUGAGAGGCGCCUCGGCGCAUCGGCAGGACCCUCCUCCGCGCUUCCUCAGGCUGCUGUCGCCGCUGCUGGGAGAUGGGCCUACUCGCCCGCCACCCUGCGCCGCCGCUCUGAGGAGUUAAAGAACAUCCAUGAUAGCAGUCUUCUGUAAAUCGAACUUUUCAAGAAUUCUCUGAAGGAACCAAGUAGGAUAUUCUUACAUCAUGACUUAAUGUGAACGCAGGAACAAGAAAUAGGUUUUAUCUCUAAAUAUGAUGAAGGGCUGUGUGUAAACACUGACCCUGUCUCAAUUCUAACAAGCAUUUUAGACAUGAGUUUACAUCGGCAAAUGGGUUCAGAUCGAGAUCUUCAGUCCUCUGCUUCAUCUGUGAGCUUGCCUUCAGUCAAAAAGGCACCCAAAAAAAGAAGAAUUUCAAUAGGCUCCCUGUUUCGGAGGAAAAAAGAUAACAAACGUAAAUCAAGGGAGCUAAAUGGCGGGGUGGAUGGAAUUGCAAGUAUUGAAAGUAUACAUUCUGAAAUGUGUACUGAUAAGAACUCCAUUUUCUCUACAAAUACCUCUUCUGACAAUGGAUUAACUUCCAUCACCAAACAAAUUGGAGACUUCAUAGAGUGCCCUUUGUGCCUUUUGCGGCAUUCUAAAGACAGAUUUCCUGAUAUAAUGACUUGUCAUCACAGAUCUUGUGUGGAUUGCUUACGACAAUAUUUAAGGAUAGAAAUCUCUGAAAGCAGAGUUAAUAUUAGUUGCCCAGAAUGUACUGAACGGUUUAAUCCCCAUGAUAUUCGCUUGAUAUUAAGUGAUGAUGUCUUGAUGGAAAAAUACGAAGAGUUUAUGCUUAGACGGUGGCUUGUUGCAGAUCCUGAUUGUAGGUGGUGUCCAGCUCCAGACUGUGGAUAUGCUGUGAUAGCAUUUGGAUGUGCCAGCUGUCCAAAAUUAACUUGUGGGCGAGAGGGCUGUGGAACAGAGUUUUGCUACCACUGUAAACAGAUUUGGCACCCCAACCAGACCUGUGAUGCUGCUCGACAAGAGAGAGCCCAGAGCUUACGUUUGAGAACUAUACGUUCUUCAUCCAUUAGUUAUAGUCAAGAGUCUGGAGCAGCAGCUGAUGAUAUAAAGCCAUGUCCACGAUGUGCUGCUUAUAUAAUAAAGAUGAACGAUGGGAGCUGCAAUCACAUGACAUGUGCUGUUUGUGGUUGUGAGUUUUGUUGGUUGUGCAUGAAAGAAAUCUCAGAUUUACAUUAUCUAAGUCCAUCAGGAUGUACUUUUUGGGGGAAGAAACCCUGGAGCCGAAAGAAGAAAAUAUUGUGGCAGCUGGGAACACUGGUUGGUGCUCCUGUUGGAAUCGCUUUAAUAGCUGGCAUUGCUAUUCCUGCAAUGAUUAUUGGCAUUCCUGUGUAUGUGGGCCGCAAGAUUCACAAUCGCUAUGAAGGCAAGGAUGUUUCAAAGCACAAACGGAAUUUGGCCAUAGCAGGUGGUGUAACGUUGUCUGUAAUCGUGUCUCCAGUAGUAGCUGCAGUGACUGUAGGUAUUGGUGUUCCUAUUAUGUUAGCUUAUGUCUAUGGCGUUGUUCCAAUUUCUCUUUGUCGAAGUGGAGGUUGUGGAGUCUCAGCAGGCAAUGGAAAAGGAGUUAGGAUUGAAUUUGAUGAUGAAAAUGAUAUAAAUGUUGGUGGAACUAACACAGCUGUAGACACAACAUCAGUAGCAGAAGCAAGACACAACCCGAGCAUAGGGGAGGGCAGUGUUGGUGGGCUGACUGGCAGUUUGAGUGCAAGUGGAAGCCACAUGGAUCGAAUAGGAGCCAUCCGAGACAACCUGAGUGAAACGGCCAGCACCAUGGCACUAGCUGGAGCCAGUAUAACGGGGAGUCUGUCAGGAAGUGCCAUGGUAAACUGUUUUAACAGGUUGGAAGUACAAGCAGAUGUACAGAAAGAACGGUACAGUCUAAGUGGAGAAUCUGGCACAGUCAGCUUGGGAACAGUUAGUGAUAAUGCCAGCACCAAAGCAAUGGCAGGAUCCAUUCUGAAUUCCUACAUCCCAUUGGACAAAGAAGGCAACAGUAUGGAGGUGCAAGUAGAUAUUGAGUCAAAGCCAUCCAAAUUCAGGCACAACAGUGGAAGCAGUAGUGUGGAUGAUGGCAGUGCCACCCGAAGUCAUGCUGGUGGUUCAUCCAGUGGCUUGCCUGAAGGUAAAUCUAGUGCCACCAAGUGGUCCAAAGAAGCAACAGCAGGGAAAAAAUCAAAAAGUGGUAAAUUGAGGAAAAAGGGUAACAUGAAGAUAAAUGAGACGAGAGAGGACAUGGAUGCACAGUUGUUAGAACAACAAAGCACAAACUCAAGUGAAUUUGAGGCUCCAUCCCUCAGUGACAGUAUGCCUUCUGUAGCAGAUUCCCACUCUAGUCAUUUUUCUGAAUUUAGUUGUUCUGACCUAGAAAGCAUGAAAACUUCCUGUAGUCAUGGUUCCAGUGAUUAUCACACUCGCUUUGCUACUGUUAACAUUCUUCCUGAGGUAGAAAAUGACCGUCUGGAAAAUUCCCCACAUCAGUGUAGCAUUUCUGUGGUUACCCAAACUGCUUCCUGUUCAGAAGUUCCACAGUUGAAUCAUAUUGCUGAAGAACAUGGUAACAAUGGAAUAAAACCUAAUGUUGAUUUAUAUUUUGGUGAUGCACUAAAAGAAACAAAUAACAACCACUCACAUCAGACAAUGGAAUUAAAAGUUGCAAUUCAGACUGAAAUUUAGGCCCAUAAUUGCUGCAGAAUAAUUACCACUGUACAACCGUGUUUGGAGCUGGUUGAACUACAUGUGACUACUUAAGUUUCAGGUUACCAGCAAAAGCCGGGUUUCAUUAUCAUAAUGCAGAUACAUUUUCUGUAUUCAGCAAGGCAUUGUGUGUCAUGUGGAUCUUAGUUACCAAACUAUGAAGUGAAGGCUUUAAAAGUGCAUUAUUUUAAGGAUAAUAAAUUUGAAGAGCAAAGCAUGUUUUGUGUGUUUGCCACAAAACAUUGCUUGAAGCACAUACUUAGAUAGAAAUUGGUCUUAAUUUAUAAUCAAUAUAAAAUACUAAUGCAAUUCUACAGCAUUCAAAUGAAGAAAACUUGAGGCUUUAGGGGUAAGUGGUUAGUGAUAUUUUAUUGAAACCACUAAGAGAUAAGUUUAAAAGAACUGCAUAGGUUACUCUCAGUAUAUGAUACUCUGUAACAUUUCUAUUUAUAUCUGGGCAUAAAUUUCAUUUUUUUCUUCAUAUGCAAUGUGGUUAUAUAAAGCUUAAUGCAGCUCAUUUGCUACCAUUUGGAUACUUAGACACUUGGAGCAAGAUUGUGGCAGUUUUUGCACAACUUUAAAAUAGAAAUACCUGGUACUCUAUCUUGUUUAUUGUUGAUGCCAUCUUAGAGGAAAAAAUGUAAAGGUAAGUAAUUAAGCAUAUGACAGCAACAAAUAAGAUAUAUAAAACUACAAAAUAAAGUCCCAUUAGGUUAUAAGUAUUACAAAAAAAUCCACCUUUCUGUAAGGGGAAGUUUGUACCCCAUUGAUUCUUGGUGCCUUUGGGAUUGACUGGGUUUUAAUGGCCUAGUUAUUUGAGGAUUUUGCUGUGUUUUUUCCAUGUCUUCUCUGGUCACCUUGGAUUAUAUAUAAAAAUACAGGAAAUAGAUAAACAUGAAUGUGAUUAAUAAUGCUGAAAAAGUAUUAGCCUACCAAAGACACACUCAGGCUUUAGUGAAUAACUUUACAUAACCUCAAUUUUUAACACAUGCAUAUCUUCUCCAACCAUGAAAUCAAAGCACGGUGCAGAACUUGUACCAAGUACAAAAGGUCCAUGUAUGAUUAGCAUUAUUUUCUCUUGCUUUUGUUUAUGGACAAUGUUCAGCUGACAUAAGCAGAAGUUGGCCAAAAUACUGCCUGUACUGUUAAUUUCCUGUAUAAUUCACUUAAAUAAAAGCAGGUUAGCCUCAAUGAUAGCACUUAAAAUGUUCUAUCUUAUGUAUUUCUUUUAAGUAUUACCAUUAUGGUGCUACUGAGCGUUUUCUUUUGGUAAAAAGAAAAAUGCCAUGGGCUGCAGUCUUCUUCCAUCACUUUUCCCUACCAGGUCCAUUAAUAUGCUUAUAACACUAGUGCCAGUUAUUUUAUUUGAUAAUGCUUAUGGUAUUUGUAUAUUUGUUUGCAUUCCAAUUUUAAUAAUGAGUGUGUAAACUGCAUACGUUAAAUAAAUGUAAAUACUAAUGUAUUGCU